AUGGUGACAAACACUUUAGUGACCCCAUAUUACUCCUCUGGCAUCAGAGAGAGGUUUCUCCUUCACGCUUUGCACCCCCCUGCAACAACCAAGAACAUCAAAUAUGCUGAGCUUGACUACGAGUUCGAUCCCAUAGCUUACCAGAAGCGCUCUCUUGCGAGGGUUGCAACUGAAAAGCUCCCAAAGUCCCUGCCCAAAGGAUGGCCUGCUGCCGUCCAUGGCCCUCUCGCCUGGUCAGGGAAAGACUUUCCUGAUGAGACUCCGUUUAUCUACAUGAUCUCUGAUGAAGAGAACCAGGAAAUAGCCAAUGCACUUGCCCAAUUUUCUAAACUUGGCAUUAAACCGGAGAAAGUUACACCGGAGCUCUUUCCGCUACCAACCCUCCAGCGUCGUCUGCAGAAGGUCCAAGAUGACAUCUAUCAUGGCCGAGGCUUGGCGAUACUGCGUGGGUUGAACAUCGAUAGUCUCUCUGACGAGCAAUUGACCGUCGUCUACCUCGGCGUGACUAGCUAUGUAGCCGGCGUGCGCGGCAAGCAAGAUCAGCGUGGUUCAAUGAUCAUGCAUGUCCUCAGUCGAGACGACGAAGACGCUGUUCAUAACAAGCUCGUUGAGAAGCCAUAUCACACCGAUACAAGUUGCGACUGUCUGUGCUUGCUUACCAAGGCAUGUGCGGCAAGUGGAGGUAGAAGCCUCAUCUCCUCAGCUUGGAAUGUCUACAACAUUCUGGCAGCAACGCGGCCAGAUCUAAUCCACACCAUGAUGCAGGCAAACUGGCCUUUUGAUACAUCUGGUCGUGACCCGCCAUAUGUCAACCGACCCAUCCUGUACCUCCAGGAUGGGAAGAUCAUGAUGAAUGUCUCUCGUCGCCAACUCUGUGGCCAUCCUAAUGAUCCACGAUCUUCGGGGAUCCCAGGCCUUACUGAGGCCCAGGCUGAGGCACUUGAUGCAAUUCAUGCCAUCGCUAGGGAGCAUGAAAUCAAGACAACCAUGCAGCAGGGAGACAUUCGCUUCCUCAAUAACAUGGCCUUGCUCCAUCGUAGAGAGACGUUCUAUGACGAUGAUCAGUCAAAGCGACACCUCAUGCGACUGUGGCUGCACAAUCCUAAGCAGUGCUGGGGGCUUCCAAGAACUCUCAGGAUUGCCUGGGCCCGCAUUUUUGAGGAUAUGGAACGUGAGGCCCAUUGGGACAUGAGCCCUGUGAGGGAGGGUGGACGCAUCUUGCGCACUGGACAGUCUUGUGACUGA